AUGGAGUCUCCACUUUCUUACGCCUUAGCAUUCUUCUUUGCUUUGUUUUUAUUUCUCUCUUCUUCUUCGUUAGCGAAUGCAUCGACUCAACUGAUCGAUGAUGUUUGCAAAAACACCAUAAACAACGCAGAAUGCCUGAAAAUUCUGGACUCCAAUCCUCAAGCCCUAUCAGCAUCCAGUUACAAAGAUCUUGCUCAAGUGGCUCUCGGGUUAGCCAUAGCCAAUGCAGAAGACAGCCAAACAUUCAUCAACAAUUUGCUCAAGAGUGAUCCAAGGGAUGCUAUCAAAAAGUGUGCUUCUUCAUACAAAGCUGUGGUGGCAUCGUUCAAAAGCUCGAAAGCUGAGAUCGAUGAGGACCCUAUGACGGCCAACUACGACGCCAAAAUCGCAGGUGAUGAUGCCGGCAACUGCGAAACUGCCCUGAGUUCUAAAGGGGUUAAGGUUCCUGAAAUAUCUGCAAGAAACCAUGUUGUCCAGUUGUAUAGUAGUAUUGGAGAUGCUGUCACCUCUCUGCUUGGUUGA